AUGAACUGCAUCAGUGCGAGUGGGGCCAACGACUGGGACUAUGUGCGGACAGUGCUCCAGGCGGUGACAGAAGGUGCCAUCUGUCGUGCCACUGUCCCGGGAGGUUGGUGUGGAGACAGGUCCAGGAUCUUUUUCAGCGGCCAGUCCAUGGGGGGGAUGUCUGCCCUGCAGUUCGCCACACCGGAUCCAACAUCAAGGCCCUGCAGCCAGAGACAGUCCUGUCGCAAGGCGGUUUUCUGCCUGCUGUGUUUCUGUCGAAGGUAUUUCCUGGGGUCUUUGCGGCCUGCGGCUGUUGCGGCGUGCAGCCCGGGCGGAUCCCGUAACAACGACCUGGAGCUGCAAGGCCAGGUUCCCACCCUGCUGCUUCAAGGCCGGGGCGUUUUCCAACUGUACCGCACAUGUAAGGCUUAA